AUGACGCCCAGUCUUAUGAGCAUGCCGCUGGAGAUCCUGCUAUGUAUCUGCUCGUACCUACCCGCGACGGACUACGGCUUGUUGCGCCGCGCGUCGAAGCACCUCGACAGCAGCCUCUUCUCUGCCUUUGCCAAACGAUUCUUCCACAGCCGACAGUUCAUGCUCACCGAGUCGAGCCUGCGAGUCCUCGUCGCCAUCUCCAAGUCGCGCCUCUCGUCGUUCCUCAAAGAACUCACCCUCGGCACCAACCGCUUCGACCCUUCGCUUUCCCCAUGUCUGCGCCGACGCCUGAAUCAUGUCCAGCAAGCCAGAUACCUCGCCGAAAGUAUCGAUCAAGACACUCUCGUCAACACAGGUCAUGACCGCGUCCUUCUGUGCGAAGCGCUGCAGGAGCUCGCCGUCGAAACGAUCCGCAUCAAAGACUGCGAUCCCGGCUCGAGCUACGGCGCCACCACAAUCCUCAACGAGACGGGAGCUGGAGGGGUGUAUACGCAUGGUGACGCCUUUUUCAACACUGCCUGCCUCAACAAGCUGCUCUGCGCUCUCGACAAUGCCAAGUCGCGGCCCAACAAGCUGGAGUUCGUGUUCAGAAAUGGCAUCCUCGACUCCGCUUUCCACAUCCCCAGCUACAUGAAUGGCGUGAAGGCUGUCCUCGCUGGCGUGCAGGAGCUUUCUCUCAGGAUCAACAGCUGCGUCUCCCCCGCCGAUGCGGCUCUCAUCAUCAGGAACGCGCAACCCCCGGAGGCCGACACACACCUGCUGCGGCGCUUUGUUGGCUGCCUCUCCAAUCUCCGCAAGCUAUCCGUCGUACCCCGAUUCAGGGAAAAUGUCUUUGGUCCCGAUGAUUUCAUGCAGUGGCUAGGAGCCCCCCUGACGGCCAAAGUCGAACCGGAUGCACCCACUCCAGCCACCUUCCCGCACCUUCAGGAGCUGCACCUGAACGAUUCAACCCUAUGCUCCGAAGUCCUUCUCGGGCUCAUCACCAAGUUCAAGCCCACGUUGCACACCUUGAACCUCGAGUUCGUCAUCAUCUCGGAUUUCCCACAUCGUCAUGCAAAGGAUCUUGAUUUACCCAUGCCCAAUCUGUGGUCAUCUUUCCUGCGCAACCUCGCCAAGUCUGGUGUCCAGCUUCAGUCCUUUACCGUUUGCGGUGCCGAGCAGUACACGUGCUCAGGACCAGGCAACAUCAUCUUCGAGGAAGAGAAAAAGCCCGAGAAUAUGUAUAAAGCACAAACCAUAACGUUCAAGGGACUUGACACCAUGGAUAAGGUUAAGAAUCUGGCUUCCCGGGCUUUUGUCCACGUGCUUGAGGAUUCGGACGAGGAACUGGCCGACGAGUGGGAUGACGACAUCUUCUUCGACCUGGACGAUACGUUUGACGCCUUCCCUGGCCUCGAUGCUGAUGAUUUCGACCCCUUCUUGUUUUAA